AUGCCUCUUCGCCACAGCUUAAGUGAAACCCAUAUCCCCCGGGUCAAGUACCCCACCACCGUUGAACCCAUUGUCGCCGCGGGCUUCCAAGACCACAGUCGCCACAAUUACCUUGACGCCAGCGUUCGCUUUGGCGAUGCCUGCGUUGAGCUUCUUCAAGCCACCGGUAAGGAAGAUGCUUACCUCCUUUACCUUUACGCCCAGGCGAUCCACUUGGCGGUAUCGUCGUCGUCUUCCUCUGAGUGGGAACCGGGAGAAGAUGCCCACUCCGACGCCCUCAUUGCCGAGGCGAGAGAGAACUUGAAGGUGGCCAAGCAGCUUAGCCACAAGGGCGGGUUCCACGCCGCUGACCCCACGUUGAGACAGAAGAUCGACGAGCUCUACAGACGGUUGACGCCCCCGACCAGCAAGCUGGCGGUGGUGUACGUGAAGUGA